CCGCCACCGAGACAGUUCCGUGUGUCACGCGCUACGUCGACCGACAGUUGCGGUGCGUUUCGUCUGCGAUAUUCGUAUUUCGUUUCGUGUUUUAUUAUUUUCUUCCCACCGAAAACGUUUUGUAAUUAAUUUUUUUUAUAACCUUUUUCGUGACCCGAGCCUGUAAAUGUUCCGUUCGCGUUCUGGAGGUUCGCUGUUAUUUUAAAUAAUCGGGAUUUAAAUUUGUGAGUGUGAACUUGUGAGCCUACAGCUGAAACGACUGUUGGAGUAUCCACGUUUUUUCAACUUGCGCAAGCCAUGUUUAAAUGUUUUUCGAUAAGCGGUUUUCUUUCUACCUACACUGUCGGGCAUAGACAAUAUGGCGGAUAUGUUUUCCAAUAUCGAUUCAUAUCGAUGCGAUAAAACGAACUGUUUUAUUUUUCAAAAAUGAUCGUGAGGACAGGUUUGCGAUAUACAAUGCAGUGGUUUGUGGUUCUUGUAUUGUUACUUGCGUACCGGCUGGGACCUGCCAAUUCAUUCAGUUAUCAUGAAUGCAAUAAUUCGCUAGGAAUGGAGUCUGGAAAAAUACUAGAUUCAGACAUAGUUUCUAGUUCUUCUUAUGACUAUGGGACUGGACCACAAAGAGGCCGACUGAAAUAUGAAGGCAGCGGUGGCGCUUGGUGUCCGAAGGGUAUGAUAUCAAACGAUGGCCGACAGUACUUGGAAGUGAAUCUGCAAGGGUUACACGCGGUCACAGCCAUCAAAAGUCAAGGACGAUACGGCAAUGGGUCCGGCAAAGAGUUCGUCGAGGAAAUUAUGAUAGACUAUUGGAGACCUGGUUCUAACAAAUGGACGAGGUGGAAAGGCAGAGACGGUAAACAGGUUUUACAAGCGAACAGAGACACGAACACAAUAGUAGACCGAUCUUUGGUGCCAGCAAUCAUAGCAUCGAAAAUUCGUUUAGUGCCUUACAGCGGACAGCCACGUAUGGUUUGCCUUCGAGCUGAGAUUAUCGGUUGUUAUCAUUACGAAGGUGUAAUCAGCUAUUCGGUAAUACAGGGUGAUGUAAAAGACACGGGUUACGAUGGUCGAGAGGAAAGUGGUAUAUUGGUCGGCGGUAUAGGACAACUCUGCGACGGUCGAUACGGAAUUGAUGAACCGUUCGUGAAAAAAUACAACGAAUGGGUAGGGUGGAAAAACGAUACUAUGGGCUAUGGGUCAUCAGUAGAAAUGACUUUCGAGUUUGACAUCGUCAGGAACUUCACUGCCUUGUACAUGCACUCCAACAAUGACUUUCGUCAAGGCGUACAAGUUUUUUCUCAUGCCAAAGCCUAUUUCAGUGUGGGAGGCGAACACUUCUUUCCGGAACCCGUGUCGUACACGUACCCGGCGGACACCAUCAUGCCCGAGGCCAGAAACGUUACGGUAAAACUUCACCACCGGACCGGCAGGUUUCUCAAACUACAAUUGUUUUUCGCCAACAAAUGGAUGAUGAUCAGCGAGAUAUCGUUCGAAUCCGUUGUAAUGCCCGGAAUUUGGCCUCCCGAAGAAGCGGAGGAGCCGAUUUUCUUCCCGAAUGACAAUAGCGUCAAGUCGAACAACGGAGGCAACGAAUUACAAAGGGACGAAGUUAAGUCGUCCGACCAUAAAGAAGAAAGGAACACACCUGUUGGAGGUUUACCUCAACACACAAAAAACAGGGAAGACGGUGUGACCGGCAGUGGUGGUCACCGUCUGGUAAGUCUACUUGUGGGCGCGUUAUCGGCGGCCACCGUACUGGCCGGCGCGUCAGUGGCAUUCGUGAUGGUCCGGCGACGUCGGCUGAUCCAGCAAGUGUCACGCCAGAGUCGGAGCUCGUCGUUCCAAGACUGUACGGAUGAUAAACCACACCUGCCACCGGCCAUACACUUGACGGAACUACCGGUGCGAGUGAACGCCAAUGGACACGUAUACGGUCAAGUAGACUUGGACGACGACUCGGACAAGAGCAAUAGCAAUUAUCAAAGGCCGUACGGUGUGGCACGCCGGCCAUCGGUGCUCUUAAGUCCCGAUUACACGGAUGUUCGAGACAUCGUCGCCCAGGAAGAAUACGCCAUCCCACACGUUCGGCGGUCGGCGUCCAAAACGUUAACACUGCACAAAAGUCAGAUGUCCGUACACGAUGGCACGUUGCCGCGCCAUCACCAGACGCUGGAAAAGUAUUACGCCGCAUCGGAUAUUUGCCAAGUAAAUGUCCCUCCGCCACCUCGGUCUCCACCACCCACAUCAUCUAGAUCGAGCAGCAGUCGUGGAGGAGGUGCCAGCAACGCGUCCACUUGUCCACUGACCAGGUCCGACGACACGCUUUGCCAGUUACCACCAGAAAUUCCCCGGGAAUACCUGGGUGUCGUCCAAACACUGACAAAGACACAUUUUGGAGAGGUCCAUUUAUGUGAAAUGAAAACGCCACCUGACGAAAUGCUUCAGCCAGCAGCAGCGACGUCGUCAGUCAAUAAGACGUGCAAGUUGGUCACCGUUAAGUCACUGAGAAAAGGCGUGUCCGAAUCGACCAAGCACGAUUUUUACGACGAAGUAGAAUCGUUAUGGAAAAUCAGAGAUCCGAAUAUCACUAGAGUACUGGGAUGCUGUCUUACCGAGGAACCAUUCUGCUUAAUAACCGAAUUUAUGCAACACGGCGAUCUGAAUCAAUUUCUUCAGGAACACAUCGCCCUGUCCGCUACGCCUAUACCGCCAUACGCGAAAACCUUAAGUUAUGGAUGUUUAAUACACAUGGCCACCCAAAUAGCUUCAGGAAUGAAAUAUUUAGAGGUCAUAAAUUUUGUCCAUCGUGAUUUGGCUGCGAGAAACUGUUUGGUCGGACCCAAUUACACGGUAAAAGUGUCCAAUAUGAGUCUGAGCAAAAGCGUAUACUCAGCGGACUAUUUCGACUUUGAGGGAAGGCCUUCGCUGCCGAUCCGCUGGAUGUCUUGGGAAAGCAUACUGUUGAACAAAUACACACCGAGAAGCGACGUUUGGUCGUUUGCCGUCACGCUGUGGGAAAUAUUGACGUUCGCCAGAGAACAACCAUACGAAGAGCUUAGCGACCAACAUGUCAUCGACAAUGUCACUAGACUGUACCAGAACGAUGGCAAUUUUAUCCUAUUGCCUCAGCCCAUCAAUUGCCCGAAAGACAUUUACGAUCUCAUGUGCGAGUGUUGGCAGAGAGACGAUAAAAGUCGUCCGAAUUUCCGAGAAAUACAAUUAUUCUUGCAGCGGAAAAAUUUGGGAUAUAAGCCUGAAUGUGACCCUUAAAAUAUAAUCCUGCGGAAUCAUAACAAUGUGUUUGUUCAAAUCUUUACUAUACCUGCUAUACAUAUUUUAUAUACAUGUAUAUCUACAUAUAUUUUGAAUUCCGGGCUUGUAUUUCGUUACCUUACCUAUGUAUUUUUUUACGUGUAUAUUAUAAAAAAUGAUUGUAUAUGUAAUAUUUUGUUAUAAAGUGUAAAAAUAAUUUUUAACGUGUUUUUGAAUAAUUUAAGUUUUACUUAUGAUUUUUAGCAUUAUCAUACGAAAUAUCGCUUCCAGGCAUAUUGACUAGGCACUAUAGUGAGAUUUCAAACGGUGAUCGUCAGACUUAUCGUAUUUUCAUAAACAGUUGAUGAUCACCGAAAAAUAGUAUAAUAAUUAACGUGUAUAACAUAUUUAGUGAUAAAAUACAUUUUUCAUAAGGGUUAAGUAGAAUCGAUCGAUCGUAGUUGUCGUCAUAGGUAUAAUAUAUAUGUAUUAUUAUAGCGUAUAGUAAUUUAUACGUUCGUCUUGAACCAAUUAUUAUACACAAUAGUACCAGUAUUAUAACAUAAUAAUAACAUAAAUGAACGUAUAGGUACUCAUCACUAUAUUUUAGUAUUUUGUAAAGUUUACAGUGUUAUAUACGUCGUAAAAUUUAAUAUAAUAUAAAAUCAAAAUAUAGAUUAACGUUUUUUGUUGAAAUAAUGUAUCGAUGGACAUCGUUGUUAAAAUAUAUACUUGGAUAGGUAUACUAUUAAAAUACACCGAUACGUUAUUCUUGGUAGUUGCAGGAUGUAUCGUAACUAGAAUUAGAACUAUAUUAUCCUUAAAUUAGCAUACAAAAGUAAUUAUUCUCUAAAAAAUAUAAAGAAAACAACUUAUAAUAAAAAACUGUCAAUUUUUUUUUUUUUAGAAUUAUUCAAAAGACUAUAUUAUGUUAUUCUGAACGAUAAUAUUUACUUUUGAGUUUUUGACUUAUAUAUAAUAUUAUAUAUGUGUAUAAUAUGUGUGUGUGUGUGAAUUGUACGAAUACUUCGUACACUUAAUAAUAUUUUGAAAACUAUAUAAACAACUCGUGUCAUUUAAAUAAGUGUAUAAUGUAUGUUAUUAUACAAACGGGUUGGAAAUAUACCAACGAUUAUCAAUAUUAAUACAAUACAUAACAUUAAGGGAAAACGAUAUUAAAAUGGUAUUUAACGUACUGGGUAUAUCAAAUUAUGAUAUCAUGUUUUCAAUUUUUAACAUUAAGACGUUUCUUCAUAUCUUUUUUGAUACGGUGGUUUUCAAUAUGAACACUGUGUACCGUGAUAAUAUAUAAAAUAUAAUGUAUAUAGAUUUAUAUUUUUUUUUCUUACAAUUUGCUCUAAAUGUUUUGUUUUAACGUCUAUUACGUUAAAACGUAUCGUAUUAAUGUGUUAUUAUUACUUUAUCAGUUAUUUGUAUUUCAACGCAUAACUAUAAUAUUAUAUUAUAGUGUAUACUUAAUGAUAUUACUGUGUUUAAUGUAUAAAUCGUAUUUAUGGUGCUAAAAUCGAUAUAUCACACGUACGCGCAUUUAACGUACGUAAACAUAAAAAUAGCUUGGCAAAUAUAAAUUAGAUAUUUUUAUUCGCCGGCCCAAAUGGAUUUACUAUAUUUUUUUCUUUUCGUUCCGAUACUCUAUUUCUCAAUUUUAUAAUAUUUUACACGAAUCAUAAUUUUUGAUGUUAACUAUUAAGGACAACAAUAUUGAUUAUCAACUAUAAUACUCAUACCUACUAUCAAUACUUCUACUACAUUACUACAUUACUACUAUAACUUUAACUACUUACCACUACUAUUACUUUAACUACCUAAAACUACUAUAAAAUUACUGUACUGAUACGUAUGUUACUAUUAUAGUUAUUAUAUCAUAUUAUAUAGUGCAGUUAAGUACAUACACGUCGUUGUUUGAUUUUCGUGUAAUCCAAUUAUAACGAUUUAGUAUCUAGUCAUUUAAUGUUAUCAUUAGUCCUAUAAUAUAUUUGAUUAAUAUUAUUUUCAUAAACGUAUAUUAUAUUAUCAUAUUAAUUAUUGUAUAAGGGAAAUUAAAAAUAAGUUUAUAAUAAAAGUGUGACUCAUAUAAUAUAAUAAUCUUUUUAAAAAAAAAUAUAUAUAUAUGUAUAAUAUUAUAUUAAAAUGUAUAGAAGCUCAGGGUCACUGAAAUAUGGUAGUUAUAGGAAUAGACUAUAUACUAAAUAAUAUGUAAUAUGUCAAUAUCACAUUACAUUAACAUAAUAUUAAUAAAAUUAUAACUCGUUCAUAAAGGAAAAAAAUUCUUAAGAAAAAAAGUGGUUGUUAAUAUAACAUGUUUUAUGUAUGUAUUGUUUCAUCAUCUCAUUUUUGAAGAUGAAUUUAUAACUAGGUAUACUGAUUUACUGUGUUUUUUUUUGUUUGUUUUUUUAUCAGAAGCUAUCGUUGAACUAUUGAUGUGAACUGCUUUUAAUGUUAAUGCUAAUGUUUGUGACUUUAAAAAAUAUAUAAUUUUUAAGUUUAUAUUACAUAAUUUAUAUAUAUAUAUAUAUACUAUACACAGUAAAUCUAUGGAAGUAUAUAGGUACCUAUAGUUUGCAAUAUAUAUUAUUAUAAUAAUUGGUCUUAUAAAAUAUGCUUUUUGUAAUAAAAUAAGAAACUAUUAUUUGUUUAAGCUUAGAAGAUAUACGAGAUAUGUUCAGUGUUCACGUAAUGUUUGAAGUAAAUACUUUAAUAAGUUAAAAAAUGUGAAUACAAAAGUCCGUAUGUAAUAUUAUAAUAAAAAUAUGUUCAACGUUGUAAAACCAUAGGAAAAGAAAAAAUUCUAUCUCAGUUUUCAAACUUAAUUAUUUUAAAUUUAUCUUAUUUUAAGUAUUUAAUUAAUUUGUUUUAUUCGUGUACUAGUUUUUUCUCGGAUUUUCGUGGUAAUCAUUGAUUCACGCCUGAAAAAUAAAUUAUUGACACUAUUUUCGUUUACUUUAAACCAAUUUUAAAUCAUUGAUCUACUAUACAACUUUAUGGAUAAGCGUUGUAACUAGAUAUUAAAAAUUUCUAAAUCAAAACAAUAUUCUAUUUUUUGGAUACUAAAUAAAAUAUAAUUUAACAGUUUUCGUUUGGUGUAAUUUGCUCAAAACGGACGACACGAAAAAAAUAUAAUUUCACAUACUCCAAACUACAUUAAGAUAAUAUAUUAUACCAUUAUUCAUUACAUUAUGUAAAUAAGGUAUCCUCUGUUCUAGUAAUAUUAGAUAUUGUCUGGAUUAAAAACGAGCCAUCGCAUUUACUAUAAAUAUGUAUUAUUAUUUUUUUUUUCUAAAGACCACAAAAUAUUAUAAUAUUAUAUUAUUACCCAAAAUAUAUGCGCGGAAAUAUAUUGCCGACAGUUUCUACUCAAAUGAUGAUAACAUAACAAGUAUAACGAUAUAAUGAUUGUACGAUAUAAUAUGAAUAGCCGAAAUAAUUUUCAUCGGUGAACCGUGUACGGAUAAUUAUGAUAAAAAUAAUAAUUAUAGUA